GUCCAGGCGGACGGGGAGGCGCAGGAGGAGGACGGGGAGGUGUCCGAGCUGCGCCCCAGGGGGCGAGAGAAGGUCCGGCGAAGCACCUCGAGAGACCGGCUGGAUGAUAUUGUGCUGCUAACAAAGGACAUCCAGGAAGGCGAGACUUUGAACGCGAUUGCGCUGCAGUACAGCUGCUCGGUUGCAGACAUCAAAAGGGUUAACAAUCUCAUCACUGACCAGGAUUUUUUUGCGCUGAGAUGUAUCAAAAUUCCAGUGAAAAAGUUUAGCGUCUUAACUGAAACACAUUGCUCUCCAAAAGGCAAACAAGUUUCGAGACCUUCAUCUUCCACUCAGUAUUCCCCAGAAUUCCAAGAAACGUCACCAGCUUCUGAUUCAUUUUCCUGUAAUGAGACAGUUGGCAACUUCUUGAAAGAGGUGGAUCGAGAUAUAGAACAGAUAGUUAAGUGUAAUGAUACAAAAAGGGAGAAUCUUAAUGAAGUUGUCUCUGCCUUAUCUGCAAAACAGAUAUGCUUUGAACCUGAUGCUAAAACCAAAAAGCGGAAAGAUCCCUAUUAUGGAGCAGACUGGGGUAUAGGAUGGUGGUCAGCAGUAGUGAUAAUGUUAGUGAUUGGCAUUGUAACUCCAGUUUUUUAUCUCCUAUAUUAUGAGGUUUUAAUGAAAGUGGACGUUAGUCACCAUUCUACAAUGGAAUCUACCCACUCACUCACCCCAGUCACACCACCAUCACAACCAAAACAAAUUGAAAAUGGAAUAAAUCCAGCAAACAUUAUGAACAUUGAGAGUGAGGAGGGACAUCAGCAUUAUAAUGGAAAGCCUCAGAAUACUGUUGUUCAUAAGCAUAUAACAUAACUUUCAGAUGAAGAAAAACAGUGUAUAAUGCAAAAUGCAUCGGGAAUGCAGAGAAUAGAUUUUACUGAUGUAUACAUUCCUUCUUCAUGGACAGUAUUAAAGUACAAGGAUGCUUUGCUUCCUUUAUUUAAAUUGUUGUUGGAACAUGCCAUAUUUACAUUGGAGAUAAUUCUGUGGGUCAUUUAAACUUUCAAGCAGGUUUAAUGUGAGAUGAUGAUCAUAGUAUACAGGUGUAUGGAAACAUGUUUUUGAAAGGCUUUACAGACCCUUCUAUUGAAAUAUAAACUGGUUUGUUUAACGAUUGCUGUUAAGCUGCAGGUCUGACAAAUAUGAGAAAUUGAGUCCCUGAAAGCAUCUGUUUCAGCAUGUUACAUUUUAAAAAUAUUUUCAUGCUUUGUUUAUAAUAUUGAAUUGUAAAUGCUAGAGGGGCUAUCUUAAUGACUAUCAACAGAAGAAAUCGACUUCCCACUUCAUAAUGAACAACACUGAGAGUACGUCUAAACUACAUUCUUUUAGAUAGAUAUGUAAAUUAGACAUAUUGAAAUCGUAAAUGAAGUGGGGAUUUGAAUUUCCCACACUUCAUUUACAUAGUGGUGGCUGCAGCUUUUUUCCCCAAAAGCUGCUUUUUUGGGACUACCUCUCCACCCCCACCCCCCGUAGUCAAGAUGGAGAUUUUUUGACAGUCAUUACACCAUCAGUUUAAAUUUUCUUUUUGAGGACAAGCAAACUUCCUUUCCUAAAAGUAAGGCCUACUGUUCAGGCCCAGUUUCAUUUUCUGUCUACAGUCCAGUCAAAUAGACUUAUAAAUACUGCAGAGGCUCACUGGAGGUCACUUUAAGUGGGCUAUGCUCUGACACUUAAACACAAUCCAGUUGUUGAGACAGAAGUCCUUGUCCUAAGCAAUAAUUAGCUGCUUACAUUUGCAUAACUAGAAAUGGACUAAAUAACAUGCCUUUUUCUGUUCAACUACUUGUAUAAGAAAACAAUUCAAGGGGUCUGGCACUUACUUCCAUGUUUCUCUUUCCCCCCCCCCCCCCCUUGUUUUUUGUUUUGCAUUAAGGAAAUAUAACUGGUGUUUUCAGGUGUCUGAAGGCGCAUGUAGGUGGGUGUUAGCUGCAUCCAGUUUCUCCAAUUCAUUCCUACAACACUUCAAAGGGAAACCCUGUGGCAUCUAAAAGUUUCAGCUAGAGAAAUAGGUCUUAACCUUACUAAAUUUUCUUUAAAUUGGAAAGGGGAGGUAGUUGUAUAUUCCUUUAUAUGAAUGUUUUAAAAUCUGAUUUAAGAUACUGCUUAUAAUUUACACUAAAUCCCAUCCUUUUUGCCCUUUUAAGCAAGGUUCUCACUGCUAUCCUCCAUAUGAGGAUAUGAGUAAGCUCUCUUGCUACCACAGCCUGUGGAAAAAUACUCCAUUAUAUUUAAACAGAAUUUUUACCAAGUGUAUAGUACAGAGGUGGGCAAGCGCCAGCUAGUGGGCUGGAUGCAGCCCACCAAGCAGCUGGAUUUGGUCUGUGACCGCCUCUCCAACACCCUUACUACAGAGGGGGGAGCAGCUGCUUUAAACAGCAGGUGCUAAGUGCUAUGCGGUCUAGGCAGAGAGGAGAAAGCUUUGUGUGCUGUCCCCAUCCCCUACCAAAAUCCUCCAGCUUCCAUUAGCCAGUUUCUAGUCAAUAGGAGCUGAGAAACUUGGCUGAAGGCAAGGACAGCGAAUGAAGUCUCCUUCCCUGUGCUGGAGCAGAGCUGCUUAGAUGAAUGUCUCCCAGCCAGGGGUGGCCCAUGGCUAUAGACAGACUCAGCCGCUGGAUAGGGUGCUGCCGCCUGGGGCACCUAAUGAUGAUGUCACGGGCGCUUGGGGUGCCCGCCGAUGAUGUCAGUCUAUUGAUGGCCCUGCAGGAAGGGGCACUGAUCGCAUGUUCCACCUGGGGCACCAGCUGCUGCAGCAGGCCUCAAGCUGCUACUGCUCCCAGCUAGAGCCUGUCUGAUACCCCUCACCUUUUCUCCCCUGAACUUUUUGCCCAGGCUACCACCCAAAUCCUCUCCCCACCUCCUCCAGGUCAGUUCCAUCACAGAUCCCACACUUCCUCCUGCACCCCAGUCCUCUGUCCCAAACUCCCUUUUACACCCCACUCGCUGUCCCAGACCCCAUAUCCCCUCCACAGAAAGUGCAGCCCUUGACCACUUACUACCACUUAGUCUUGAGUGGCCCCCCAUUAAAAAUUGCCCACCCUUGGUAUAGUAUAAACAAAGUGAUUCUGAGAAAUAGAAACAUUUGUAAGAUGCAAUAUUUGUGGACUUUCUCGGUUUUUAAAUUCUAAUGAAAUAUAGAUUAAGUAGGGCAAACAACUUGUUAAAUGAGGUAAACAUGGUUCACUGGCUAUAUUUAUUUAAAAGUUGUAAAACUUGACAACUACAAAAGUUGCAUUUUAAAGUGAUCUAAAAUUUGAUGGCAGGUGGAAGUAUACUUUGGUCCUGUGGAUUUUUAUUUUGGGGCUAUUCUGAAAUAUUUGUAUAAAGUGGCAGCUCUCAGAAGAAGAUGGUCAUGCACAAUUUGAGAGAGAACUAAAUUAGUUAUACAAAUAGGAGUUAUUUAACAUUUGUUUUAGAAAUUUACAGAAAUACAAGCCACUGUGCUUCAAUGGCCAAAACAUUAAGCAGCUAGUUUCGAAAUAGUUGAGGUUGCUUUCAUCUAAGAAUUCAACAUUGCUUUGAAGGUACUUUAGGUAAAAAUCAUAUCCAUGUAAGAUCAGGAACUCUUUCAGCAUAGAAUAACCUAAAUAUAUUUAGAGCACAGAACUGUAAUCUUACUGCUUGCCUUAAUUACAUCUUGUCCCCUAUGCCACUAGUAGUUUUAGAACUACAAAACGUUAACUCUGUCAGAGAUUGGUCCUUUUAUGACAAUAAGAAGCCCAAGAUAACUUCAUCUUGUUCAGCUCAAUAAAUUAGCUUGUUUGAGAUUAUUCAGAAGAUCCUAAAAAUAACUAGUAUGCAAUAUCUGACUCGUACACAGAUGAGAAAACAAAAUAUUAAAUUAAUAGUUCAGUAAUAGUUUAUAAUGUCAGAUCUGGUCAACUCUUGAUUUGGAAUCAGAAAAGGUUCUCUAUUGUUAAACUACGGGUAAAGAGACAAUGCUACUUGUGUUGUGUUGCAUUAUAUAUUGAGCCUAUGUUCAGCUAUAUCUUACAUUUAAGUCACAUUUGGGGAGGGUUUAAGUCUGAGAAGACUUGUGACUUAUUGUCAAUUCUUCCUAAGAUAAUGUGUACUACAGCAAAGGCAUAUCUUAGUCACCUCUGAAGAAAUAUUUUAAAAAUAUUGUUCUUUUGAACAAUGGCUUAUAUAACAGCAUUUUUAAGAGCAGAAGGUUAAUUUUACCAGAGUUUGACAGUGUUUCCAUGAAUAUGGGAGUCCUGUUAAUACAGUUUUCAGCUUGCUUCUCUUUGAGCAGUCUCAAUCUAUUGCAGUCUCUUUUCCAAUCUACCAUAGAACACACACUGCAUUAUCUUAUCAGCUAUUUAACUGUGGUGUAAAUAACUAGAUUAUUGCAACGAGCACAAAUUUACAUUUGAUAGUUAGAGGUGAAGUGGUAAAGCCAGAUUCCUGUCAAAAUUGUUUUAACAGUGAUGUUAGAAUUGUAAAGCAAUUUAUUACAUGGUGCAUUCAAGAGAAGAAUCAUGCUUUAGAUUUAAAUACAAAACUGUGUUUGCUCAGGAAGUCAAUUUUUAAUCUAAGUGCAUAUUGUACUGUUAGCAUAUGUAAAUACUUUAUUUAAAUUGCUAUAUUUUGGAGUACACUACCACAAAUGGUCUUUGUAUAACAAAGUAUUUUAUACAGGAUCAAAAUGUAAUUAGUGAAACAAUGCAGUACUGAGGAUGUAAGCCUCUUAUUAAACCUUUGCUCCUUUUACUUCAUAUUUUUGGGAACUCUGAGUAUUCUAAUAAAAGUGUCUGCUGUAAAAAAAAAAA